AUCAUAAUCAUCGUUAAAUUUUUUUCUCUAAAAUAGACAUUAUUUUGAUUAAGAAUUUGCCAUAAUAUAGAAAAGAAAGAAAGAAAAGAUUAAGAAUUUGAUUAAAAAACCGUGAAACCAUCAUAAAGAAAGUCAAACAAAAAUUGUAUUUAGGCUUAGGAUAAAUUUGAUAAGAGGCGCGUUAGACAUGUUGCUAUUUCAGAGAAAUGUUAUUUGUUUACUUAUUCUGUUAAUUUCUCAAGUUUUCUGUGAAAAUAAAUAUUCCAAGUCAGCAAAUGAAAAGAAAAGUGAUAUAAAAAACAAGGAUGUUGAUUUCAGGACUUUAGAGAAACCUUUCAGGAUGAACAAACUAAAUCUUCUGUGGUCUAAAGCACAACAUCGACUAACGGAGCCUAAACUAAAGUCCCUCUAUAGUGAUCUGAUGAUCCAAGAUAAGGAAGAAAUAACAUAUAAAAGAGUUAAGAGUGAAGGUGGUGAUAAGGAAGGACUCAAAGAGGCAGAGUUGAGGCGUAAGCUAACUACUAUCAUGAACAACUACGGCUUACGGGAACAUUUCGAAGAUGGUGCUGGCAGGCAGAAGGACCAUCCAUCUCACAACUCUGCCAUUGAUGACCACAUUAACAGGAGCAUAUUCAAGGAUAAGAAGCUUAACCAGCUGUGGGCCAAGGCAGAGACAUCUGGCUUCACCAGCGAGGAGCUGUCAGCACUCAAAGAAGAAUUCCUGCAUCACCAGGACAAGAUUGAUCAGUACUAUGAUCUGCUGAGUGAUGCGAAGGAUGGCAAGAAAGAUACUUAUGAUAAUGCAAUAAAUGAGGAAGAAAUGGAGAAGUACAAUGAGAUCAGUGGUAAUUUACAAACAAAUGAAAUCAAGAAUGAUUUCACUGAUAAGACAAAUAUGAUCAGGGACAAGCACAGGGGACUCCGUGACGGCUUUGACAGGCUGCAGAGAAUUACAGCCAGAGGUCCAAAUAACAAGGAAUUUAUAGAACCCAAGGUACAAGGACUAUGGCGGAUGGCGACAGCUGCAAACUUCACUGUUGAUGAGCUAGAGUCCCUGAAGGUGGAAUUGCAGCAUUACGAGUCUCGUCUGCUGAAGCUGCGCGCGCUCCACGCCGACCAUGUAAGAAAAGUUGAGAAAUUCGACAGCAAGAUCGCAGCCACCGGCGACAAGAUGGAUCACUUCGACGAGCAGCAGCAGAUGAUCAAGAAGCACUCGCGGAAGGUGGAGAAGAUGCACGCUGACAUUGAACAGAAGAUCCUCUCCAAACAUUCUGAGUUGUGAAGUGUUUACUCUAUGUUCUGCAGUGAUUCUAUUGAGGAAUAGACUGUCAAGGAUUUGAUUUUAUAUCGAAAAUUAAAGGUAGUUUUUUUUGUACAGUCGUGUCAAAAGUGCACAGAUACCUAUUAGGCCAAGAUCUAUAGAUAGUUUUUAAUGCCUUGAUAUACAGGUUUAUGGACAAAUAAGAUAUUUUAGCUACAAAUGAUUAACUAAUUAAUCCACUUUGGAUUCAGCAAGCACAUAUUUAAAUUUGGCAACUUACUUGGGGCCAAAGAAAUGCUUGCCCUUUAAUUUUGUUUUCACUCCACUGUAGGAUUUAUUAUCAUUGUUAGAUUUUAUAAAAUAUUCUCUUCCCAGAUUAUGUUAAUAUCUGUGUUUCUUUUUUAACAUAAUCUAAUAAAUUGUAAUUUUAAGGAUUUAUAACCAAAUGUUUCCAUGUUUAAUUAAUAACCUGCUAAUUUAAAUGUUGCUCUUUGUCAGUGAUACUUAUGCAUUUAAAAGUUUUUUUAAGAUCUCUGGUUUUAUCUAGUAAUUAUAUAGAAUUCAAAUCAGGUCAUAUUUUUAUACUUUUCGUGUUACGCAUAAUGUUCAUAUUUAUUUUAAAGAAUCUCUAAAGUUCGCAGAGGGU